CGGAGGAGGACGCACACACAGAGAGAAACACAGAGGAACAUAAGCUACAGCUAGUAUUACGUGUGACUCCAGGAGAGAUCUGUGGUAUUCAGCAUUCAGAUGUCAUCCUCUGGAUGCUGGAGUGCCACACCUGAAACCUCGAACCCCCGGAGCCUUUCAUUGGCAGCAGCAGAAGUGUGGGCAGGUCUGACGGAAGCAACCGAGCCUGGUGGAUCACAGUGUGUGUGUGAUUAGUGGGUAGCGUGUGGGGGCUCUUAUGGCGUCGGCAGACCACCAGUGCGAGCGACACCCCACAGGUGCCCACCAACACAUCCACCCACAAUGCCCUGUCCACAGCCCUUCAGCAGAGGAAGUAAAGAACAGCGGUCUACGCAAGGGUUUGAGCAGACACCGAGACUAUGUGAAGAUCUCAGUACCUGAUGGCAAGGGCAAGCCUCCACCCAUGGAGUGGUGGAAGACGGUCAUUGCGUUCAUGUAUGCGGCAUUUAACCUGGUUUUGACCACUGUGAUGAUCACGGUGGUGCAUGAGAGAGUCCCACCGAAAGAGAGCAUCCCGCCUUUGCCGGAUAAGUUCUUUGAUUAUGUGGACCGUGUAAAGUGGGCUUUCACUGUGACUGAGGUGAAUGGGAUGCUGCUGGUGGGGAUUUGGUCCAUACAAUGGCUCUUCCAUAGAUACCGGUCCAUCCUGGGCAGGAGGUUCUUUUUUCUAAUGGGCACUUUGUACCUGUAUCGUUGUGUCACCAUGUACAUCACCACACUACCCGUGCCUGGCAUGCACAUGACCUGUGCCCCAAAGCUUGAAGGAGACUCACAGGCAAAACUACAGCGAGUUCUGCAGCUGAUGUCUGGAGCUGGCCUGUCCAUCACCGGUUCCCACAUCAUGUGCGGAGACUUCCUGUACAGUGGCCACACAGUCAUGCUAACUCUCACCUACCUGUUCAUAAAGGAGUACUCCCCCCGCUCCUUCUGGUGGUAUCACCUGCUCUGCUGGCUCUUGGCCGCAGUCGGUGCGGUGUGUAUCCUUGUGGCUCACGAGCACUACAGUGUGGAUGUGGUGGUGGCGUAUUUUAUCACUUCCCGUCUCUUCUACUGGUACCACACCAUGGCCAAUCUACAGACUCUGAAGUGCUCGCCCAACAACUACCUCACUCACACGUGGUGGAACCCCAUCUUUAACUUCCUGGAGCGUAACGUGCAGUCGCAAGUGCCUUGUUCAUUCUGCUGGCCACUCACGUGGCCUCCAGCCUGCCUGAAGAACCCGUGUAAAAAGUACUCCAUGGUGCAGAGCGUUCGCGAAGAGUGACCGUCAUCUCCACGUUCACAUCCAAACUGUUGUUUUUCUUUACAAUUACCACAAUGUUGGUACUGCUUUUAUUUAUGAAUCAUCAACAUUUGAAAUUCUGCAUAUCAAUGAUACCAAAGACUUUGGGAGAGGGUUGUGGGAGAUCAGUGGCUCAGGUUAAAAAAAAAUUAAGCUCCAUUUUAGUUCAGAUUUGGAAACCAUGCACAAUUCAAUAUCUUAAAAACUUUACCUGUUACUGAUUGGAUUGUUUUUCUUAAAUAAGUUCAUGAUAAAAAAAGUCUAUGAAUAAUACAAAUGAUAUUUAACUUGAUCAUUUAUAAAGUGGUCACAGUUGUGCCUUUUAAAGCAUGUAUAGCUGAUUUUUAUUACUAGGUUUAAAUUGUUGAUGUUUUUUAAACAAAAAAUAGGAUAAAAUAUCUGAUGUGCUAUAAUGUACAUAUAAUGUGCUAUACAGUGUACUGUAUUUGUUGAUUCAAAUAAGAAUUAAAUUAAUAAUAAACCACAAUGUCUAAAUCACUC